AUGGGUACCUUGCUUGGUUAUAGUGCUCAGGGCGCUUGCAAGUUUGGGUUCUACAAGUUCUUUACGAAGACCUACUCAGAUAUGGCUGGGCCUGACAACGCCGUGAAGUACAAGACCCUAAUUUACCUUGCAGGUUCAACUUCUGCUGAGGUAAUUUCUGAUAUCACUCUGUGCCCCUUUGAAGCUGUCAAGCAAACAACCAGACAGUAA